UACAUAAACACUGACCGAGGUUGCACAGGAUCUCAGUUUGUGUAUCCCCAGAGUCCUAUUUGGCACUGUGAGGCUGCAAUUACAGACCUCUCUGCGUCCUCCAACAUUUCUCUUUCUCAGAGAGAGAGAGAGAGAGAGAGAGAGAGGAUGGGAAACUGCCAGGCCAUUGAUACAGCAACGCUGGUGAUACAGCACCCUAAUGGCAAAGUGGAGAGGAUGUAUUCUUCUGUGUCUGCUUCUCAGGUGAUGAAGGCUAACCCUGGUCACCACGUCGCCAUCCUCAUCUCCUCCACUUCAUGUGCUUCCCAACACCAUCGUCAUCCUCAUCAUCAUCUUCGCCUCACUCGCAUCAAGCUUCUCAAGCCCUCCGAUUCCCUCCUUCUAGGCCAUGUUUACAGACUCAUCACCUCUCAAGAGGUUAUGAGGGGUUUGUGGGCCAAGAAACAGGCCAAGAUGAAGAAAAUCCUGUCAGAAUCUGAAAGACAAAGCUUUCAGAUCAACACUAUCCCCAGGAUCAAUGCUAUGGAGAACAACCAGGAAAGGACAAGGGAGACAGAAGGAGGAAGGAGAAGAAGAACAAGUAAUGGAGGGAGGGGAAGAACAUGGGAGCCCUCAUUACAGAGCAUCUCAGAGGCAUCAAGCUGAUCUGUGUGUGUCUGCAGUAUAACGCACGUGCAGUUCUCUGCCUUGUCUUCAGGGUCUGACACAUCAGAAUUCCAUGAUUGAUCAUACACUUCUUGAACUUUUUUAAAUCCUAAAUCUUGGGCUAGUAGUUACAAUCUCAAGUGAGAUAUAACAAAGUCCAAUUCAUUUCUACAACAAACUCAGUCCUUCUGCAUAAUUGUGCAUACCAAAGGUUCACAUUUUCAACUUCAGUUGAUGUAAUUAAGCUCUGCUCUUUCAUAUCAAAUCAGGCUUCAACAUCAUCAAAUUCUUCA